UAAAUGUUAUGUCCCGCGAGUGUGACUUUGGCCCCCCCUUUUGCUAGCGGCUGCGACCGCCAGUGCCCAAGAAGUCCAUCAGGAAAAUCGCCCAAGAAGUUGGCACAAGCCACUCAACGGUGCGGAGAAUAAUGAGAAAGGACCUCGAACUGUUCCCAUAUAAAGUGACAGUUCAUCACAAGCUGUCGGAGAACGACAAACAUCAGAGAGUGGCCUUCGUAAAGUGGCUCAAGGACCAGACUGCCGCUAAUCCUGGCUUCUUGGAUGGGGUCUGGUUUAGCGAUGAGGCCCACUUCCACCUUACUGGACAGGUGAACACCCAGAACUGCCGUAUGUGGGCCUCGGCACCACCCGAAACGUUGCUGGAAGUCCCACUGCACAGCCCGAGAGUGACUUGUGGUGCGCAAUGAGCUCCACCGGAAUAAUCGGGCCAUUCUUCUUCGAAGACGGCAACGGGUGCACUCAAACGGUGAACAAGGAACGCUAUGUCCGCAUCCUGGAACGCUUCUGGGCCACAGUGCAAGAAGGCUCGACUUCAGGUGGUGACGAUAUCUGGUUCCAACAGGACGGGGCCACCCCGCACACCUCGAAGAUGGCCCUCCAGUGGCUCCAGGAGCGUCUCGGAGAGAGGAUCAUCAGCCGCGGAACGGACACUCCCUGGCCCCCUCACUCCACUGACCUGACACCCCUCGACUUUUACCUGUGGGGUUUUCUUAAGUCCAGAGUGUACAGCGGGAGCCCGGGGAGUCUCGGAGAGCUCAAGCGGGCGAUCAGACGCCAGGUGCGUGCGAUCACGCCCGCCACAUGCGCCCGAGUUAUCGGGCACGUGGCGAAACGGGCCGACGUAUGUCUGCUCCGAAAAGGAGGACAUCUCGAGAACGUGCUGUGAGCGGCGCUGAACGCAUGAUUCAUGUUCGUGAUAUGUAUGUAAUAAAUCUCCAUUCCUUGUGGAAUCGUUUGAACCAUUGUGGCUGGAUAUGUGACUAUUAGAUUUUUCGUUAUAAGCAAAACAAAUCAGGACAUUUUUUAUGAAACACCCUGUACAACCUAACCUAUAACACCUCUCCUCGGUUGCAAAAAACAAGUGUGAUGCCUGCUUUACUACUAUCUUAAUUUCUGGGCAGGUUUCUCGCUGCUCCAAUCCAACCACUUUCAAACUGGCUGCCACAUUUUCAGACAGGCUCCAAAAGAUGCUCCAGAGCUAUUUGGAAUUUUUCACAUAUUCUUCAUCUCAUGUGUCAAGACAAGAAAAUGAAAUCUCUCACAUAUGUUGAAGAUGUAUCCAAAGAUCUAUCUGGCUACACCCUUAUUUCGCCGUCUGUGAGCGUGGGUAACGUGGGCCAGCUGGCCGUCGACCUGCUGCUGCACAACCUGCGCUGCCAGCGGCUGGGCGCCUUCGGACACCCCAGUCUGCAGCAGGUGGUGGGCACCCUACCCGACUCGAACACCGACGGACAGACGCAUCUCAUGACUGCCAUGGAAGCUUACGUCUGUGAAAAGAAGAAACUGCUGGUCAUUCAGAUCCGUGCACCCAUAUCACCAAAGGGCCGUCUCUCUCUGCUGGCCGAGCUGGUGCAGUGGGCGGCCGAGCGCCGUCUGAAGCGGGUCCUCCAACUGGCCAGCUGCCACGCGGCCGCCCGGCCCGACCCGGCCGCGCCGCGACUCUGCCACGUCACCGUCGCCGGAGACGAUGUCGACGCGCUGACGGCACUGGCGCCGCUGCAGCCGGAGAUACCGCGGCCCGAGGGCGACGCGCACCGGCCGCCGCCGUACCUGCCCGGAGCCGGCUUCGUCCCGGACCUCUACCGAGCAUGUGAGGCGGCCAAAUUCCCGUACACGUGUCUACUGCGACACACCUACGAAGGGAACAACAUUCCCGAGGCGGUGGAUAUCUGCAACUGCCUGGACUCCUGGCUCGGCCUGCUGGAUGAGAGCCAGAAGUCCCGGCCCGACCCGUACUCUGUGCUGGGUCGCUGGCGAACGCCGCCCACCUGGUCACACCUGUUCGGCCCGGCUCCCGACGCGUCGCUCUACUGAGGCGGGGUCGCGGGGUACAUGGGUCUUGGCAUCGCUCCUCCAGCCGCCCCGCGUAAAGCCAGGUAGGGCGGGGGAGUGUCACUUGGCUGGACUGGCUACUCUGCGCGUACGGGCGCUACUAUGUUUCAUCUGUCAGUGCUGCAAGUAAAGAUGGUAUGAAGGUUUGCUGAUGUUUUCUAUCAUGGUUUGUGAGCGGGAACUGAAAACGGUUAUGCACUUUGAGCUGAUUAGCUUUGAAAGACUUACGUCUUAUCGUAUUUUGUCAUUUGUUCCAGUAACUGUGUUCGGUGAGAACCUGAACUGUGAUGCGAUAACCUGUAAUGGUGGUGUCAGCUCGUGUGAAUCGAAAUGAUGUGAUACCCGGGUGGUACCUCUCCAUUACGAAUAUGAGCCAUGGGCUGCUACUGUCCAAACUCCAAAUACAACAAACACCAGCGA